CUGCCUAACUAGCGCGAAUUUUCACGCAUUUUUUGCCAGUUGUUUAAUCUCCUAAUUCUCGAAAAUAAUAAGCAAAAAAUGCCCAAGACAAAGAAGAAGCAACAAGCCUCCUCUUCGGAGAGUGACAGCGGACCAGAGGAUCGCAAUCCGCCGGCUAGCAAGAAGGCCAAGGAAUCUGCAGGUCCGAAAUCCUCAGCCGCCGGAGACUCUGGCGGAGAUGGGGCCACCACCUGGACCCUCGAAGGACUUCGCCAGGUGCGAAUCAACGAGUUCCGCGGCCGCAAGAUGGUGGACAUCCGAGAAUUCUACGAGAAGAACGGUGAAACGCUGCCCGGCAAAAAGGGCAUCUCGCUCUCCAUAAAGCAGUGGAAGAAACUCCUUGAAGUGGCCGAAGAAGUCACCCGCGCCGUUGAGAAUUAAUCUUAGUUAAUCUACUCCAAACGCCAAACUUUAAGUCAUAGGGAUGUAGUUACUAUACACCAUGUAAACAAGCAUUUAAAUGGGACGAACCCAGUGAAUAAACCUUAUCUUAGACACUAGA